GUUCGUCGAAAACGUCGAGAGAGAUGGAGAUCGGCGCUCGAUCUUUCUGAAUAGCCACUUCCAUGUAGCUCAUCCCUUUCUCUCUCUAACUCUCUCUCUCUCUAAGGCCAUGAAGUGCCGAUCCGUGGCGUGCAUAUGGUCGGCGGCGCCUCCUUCCCUCCACCGCGUCACCGCCGCCGCCGUCCUCGACCAGCCCCCGACGCUCUACACCGGCGGCGCCGAUGGCUCCGUUUUCUGGUGGAGCCUCUCCGGCUCCGAAGCCAAUCCGGAGAUUAAGCCGGUUGCUAUGUUGUGUGGCCAUGCUGCAUCGAUAGCUGACCUAGCUAUCUGUCAUCCUACUGCGGUGCUCGGAGAUGGAAAGACGGAGAGCUCGGGCUGCAGAGCUCUAUUAAGUGCGUGUAAAGACGGUGUUAUGUGUGUCUGGAGCAGGGCCAGUGGACACUGCAGGCGCCGGAGACAACUGCCACCUUGGGCUGGGAGUCCAUCAAAUCUGUGCACGUUACCAUCUAAUCGGAGAUAUGUAUGCGUCGGUUGUUCAUUCGUCGAUGCUAGCCAAUUGGUCGAGCAUCAGGCUGUUGGAUCCACGCAAGAAGUUGAGCUUUUGUUGGACUCGGAGUAUCAUCAUAGGAGGCCUCCCAAGUGCACUGUAGUUAUUGUAGAUACUUAUACCCUCACCAUUGUACAGACCAUUUUACAUGGAAAUUUAUCAACUGGGUUACCGAGGUAUAUGACUUUAUUUUCAUCUGCCGAGGAUGGGGAGAAGUAUUCUGCAGUCCUUGUUAAUUCACAUGGCGGGAUGCAACAGGUUCCAAUAUCAAAAGACUCUCAACCAGAUGGGGAGAAUAGGGGUGGCUUGCCCAGAAAUGGUUCUGAGCCUAGGAUAAUUGAUUGUACAAAUGGUUUUAUGGAGGAUGGGGUAGUAUUGUCAUGUGCCACCACAGGAAACAUUAUUGCUCUUCUGUUAUCUAAUCGCUGCAUCUUCAGGGUAGUGGACACUGCUGUCACUAUUGGAGAGGUUUCUCUGACAAAUGAUCUUUGUCCUCAGGGUGUUACUGGUCACUUUCAUGGUGCUGCGGGAUGCAUGUUUCUGGAAAGUGGUUACCAUGAGAUUCUGCCUGGGCAAUCCAACAGAAUGUGCACAGUAAAUUUUAUUAUUUGGAAUGUUGACGGUUCCGCAACUCUGUAUCUUGUUUCGUAUUCAGAUAGCUUAUUUGAUUGUAGGCCCCUCUCUUCAAUAUCUGCUGCUUCUCAUCCAGAGUGUUUAAGAUUAUCAGUUCAUUUCAUUCAAUUGAAAAAUUAUCUUCUCCGCAUUGAGUCAGUUUGCUUUGGUUUAAAAGAACUUUUGCAGUGGAAACCCCACAUCUCAAUUUGGUCACUAUUAAGGAAUCAUGACCAAUCAAAGCUCUUUCAACAGUGUGAAUUUGUUGGGGAAGGUGUUUCUUGUUUCGACUUGAUUUCAGAGUCUUCUCUAUUCCAUGAAUCCAAGGAUUGGGAUGGUCUGGAGCAGGGUGAUAUACUUAAUUCCAAAUACGCAAAUAGACUACAUGCAGGAAACAAUAGCCCUUCACUUAAUGGUCGUAUUGUAUCUUCUUCCAUGGUUAUUUCUGGUGAUUCAUGUGCACCUUAUGCUGUUGUUUAUGGCUACUGCAAUGGCGACAUUGAAAUUGUGCAAUUUGAUUUGAUUCAUGUGCCGGGUUAUCAUGGUGAAAGUUCUUCUCUUGAAGUAAAUUCAGAUGUAUGUAGGAGAUAUUUCACAGGGCACACAAGUGCUGUACUUUGUUUGGCCGCUCACCACAUGGCAGGCAAUGCAAAAGGAUGGGAUUUCUGUAAGGUCUUGGUGUCUGGAAGCAAGGACUGUACUGUUCGAAUAUGGGAUCUUGACAAUGGCAAUCUCAUCACUGUAAUGCACCAUCAUGUGGCUCCUGUCCGCCAAAUUAUUCUCCCUCCUAAUAAGACCGAGCGUCCUUGGUGUGAUUGCUUUCUCUCUGUUGGAGAGGAUUCAUGUGUGGCUCUUGCUUCACUUGAAACUCUAAGGGUGGAGAGAAUUUUUCCUGGACAUCCCUCUUAUCCUGAUAGGGUUGUUUGGGAUGGUGUAAGAGGUUAUGUUGCAUGUCUUUGCCGAAGCUAUUUAGGAACAUCUGAUACCAGUGAUGUGUUAUUCUUAUGGGACAUCAAGAGUGGAGCCAGAGAGCGGAUCCUCCGGGGAGUAGCUUCUCAUUCGAUGUUUGAUCAUUUCUGUAAGGGCAUUAACAUGAAAUCAGUCUCUGGAUCUGUAAGGGAUGGAAGCACUUCUGUUUCCUCCCUGCUUCUUCCCAUCGUUGAGGAUAUUGGUUUUUCUAAACCUCAUAUAGAAAACUCAGAAAAGGGAUUUUCUUCUGCUGGUGCAAUGGCAACGUCAACUAAAAGAGUUGAGUCCUCCACUCAUAAAGCUCUCCUGAGUAAGGAGAGCUCUAUGGUUCAGGGCGGCUCAUCUAUUGUCGAAAGCAUCAAGCACUCCAUUAAGUGCUCUUGUCCAUUCCCUGGGGUAGCAACUCUUUGUUUUGAUCUCACUUCACUGAUGCUUCUUCCUCAGGGGGACGAGUUAUGUGGAAUUCAAAUUAAGAAAGCUGGCUCUCCCGUGAAGAGAGAUGGUGUUGCUGAGUUUGCAGAUAAUGGAGCUGGUCCAAACACAUCAAACAGUCACAUGGAGUCCAACUGCAUUAGGUCGCUUGAAGAGAGCAUUGUACGGUUUAGCUUGUCGGUUUUGCAUUCAUGGGGGGUAGACGAUGGGCUUGAUCAAUUGCUAAUUACUGACAUGAAGUUGAUAAGACCUGAGAACUUUAUUGUUGGACCAGGUUUGGCAGGGGAUAAAGGGUCCUUUACAGUGACUUUUCCUUGUACAAGUGCUGUCCUUGAGUUAUGGAAACUGUCCUCCGAGUUUUGUGCAAUGAGGUCAUUGACCAUGGUAUCACUUGCCCAACGCAUGGUUAGCCUGUGCCAUUCCUGUUCAGUUGCCAGCAGUACCCUGGCGGCAUUCUAUACUCGGAACUUUGCAGAGAAAGUCCCAGAGAUUAAGCCACCUUCCCUCCAGUUGUUGGUAAGCUUCUGGCAAGAUGAUAGUGAACAUGUAAGGAUGGCUGCACGAUCUUUGUUCCAUUGUGCUGCUUCCCGGGCAAUACCUCUCCCUUUGUCUAGUCAAGAGGUGACUAAUCACAUAAAGUUUGUGAGUUCUAUGGCUGGGAAAAAUGAAGAUGAACAUGAAAAUCCAAAGGAACAGAUGGUAUCUGAUAUAGCAGUUAUGGAAGAACGGCAAACAGAAGAGAUCUUGCAGGUUGAGGAAUCCAAUAUUCUGAUAUGGCUAGAAUCUUAUGAAGUGCAGGAUUGGAUUUCAUGUGUUGGAGGAACAGGGCAAGAUGCAAUGACAUCUCAUAUUAUUGUUGCAGCUGCAUUAGCCAUUUGGUACCCCAGUCUUGUAAAACCAAGUCUGGCCCCGCUGGUUGUUCAUCAUCUAGUGAAACUGGUCAUGGCUAUGACUGAAAAAUAUAGUUCCACUGCAGCAGAGCUGUUGGCUGAAGGUAUGGCAGACAUAUGGAAGGCAUGCAUUGGAUCUGAAAUCCCCCGUUUGAUUGGAGAUAUCUUUUUCCAAAUUGAGUGCGUAAGUGGUACAUCUACAAGUCCAGCCAUACCCACUAAAAUUCGGGAGACUUUGAUUGAGAUUCUUCUUCCAAGUCUUGCAAUGGCUGACAUUCAUGGGUUUCUUAAUUCCAUAGAAAGCCAAAUCUGGUCUACUGCAUCUGAUUCACCAGUUCACUUAGUAUCCCUCACUACACUAAUUAGAGUUGUGCGAGGAGCUCCCAAGAAUCUGGCUCAGUUCCUUGAUAAGGCAAUUAACUUUAUCUUACAAACCAUGGACCCUGGCAACUCAAUCAUGCGGAAAACUUGCCUCCAGACUUCAAUGACAACUUUGAAGGAAGUUGUUCGCGUAUUUCCCAUGGUAGCACUGAAUGACAAUUUGACCAGAUUAGCCGUUGGUGAUGCCAUUGGAGAGACUAGCAAUGCUAGCAUUCGUGUGUAUGACAUGCCAAGUGUGACGAAAAUCAAAGUUCUGGAUGCAAGUGCACCUCUUGGACUACCGAGUUUUCUUGCAGGGUCUUCUGGGAUGGCAGUAAUGACUGUGAUUUCAGCGUUGAGUUUUUCUCCAGAUGGAGAGGGUUUAGUUGCUUUCUCUGAGCAUGGGUUGAUGAUAAGAUGGUGGUCAUUAGGAUCAGUUUGGUGGGAGAAACUUAGCCGCAACUAUGUUCCUGUCCAAUGCACCAAAUUGAUUUUCGUUCCUCCUUGGGAAGGUUUUUCACCUAAAACUGCUCAGAGAAGUGUGAUGGCGAGCAUAAUGGGACCUGGUGGGCCAUCCAGUCCACAGUGUGCCCUGAUUAUGGUAGCAUGUUGGUACUGGUGGCCUGGGCAUGAAUUGCAUGGGUUUGGAUGCAUAUGUGUUACUAUUUUUCUAUAAAAAGGUGAAUUUCUGAGUGAAAAGCUUUCUUUGUCUUGAAAAUGAACAAACUUAAAAUGAUAUAGAAAUCUAGAGGAGUGGCUAACUACUAUUUGAAGUUCUAGGUUUCGGUUACAAUAAUCUAGUUGGUAAGUUCUUGAACAAAAGAAAACUCUAUAUGACGUGUUUUAGCAAAAGUCAAAAUUGCACUCUUGGGCUCAUAUUAAUUUUCUUUUUGUUUUAAGGAUUCUCUCAUUAAUUGACUCCACUAAUAACAAGACUCUAGUUUGUAACGUUAAGAAUUCUCUCUCUGUGUCUCUCACUAAGGACGCAUUAGUAGUCAAUUCAUGCUAUUUUUUCUUAACGGGGAAGUUUGAUGGGCCACCCUGAAAUUGACAGACUUUGUACAACUUUAUUAAAUGGCCAUGGUUAGCAUAAUUUUCAUAGAUAUAUGCUUUAUAGAUAUGAGAGUAAGCUGACCUAUACGAGACAUGGGAGUGAUUUUCAUGUUAAACGAGGUGAAUUGGAGUGCUUUUCACGUUAAACUAGACAUUGACUUGUAUGAGAUUUAUGAAGGUACUGAGGGUAGGAACAGGAGUGUCAAAGCUUUCGUAUGGGGCUUAUUUGAGUGUCACAUCGGAGUAAAAUCAAUCACUUGAGUACCAAUUUUGGCAAAUCAUCCUACGUGGAAUUUUUUAAUUUUUUUGAAUUUUUAUUUUGCUUUUUUCAAUCUAGAUCUGUAUCUGCUAUCUGCAUCUAGCUUUGCUGUUGAGGCGGGAGGGAAGAAGAGAUGGGCUUUCUUUCAUUAAAAAAUCAAUGCUGGCAAAUCAUCCUACGUGGAAUUUUUUAAUUUUUUUGAAUUUUUAUUUUGCUUUUUGCAACCUCACCGGCUGUGGGCGAGGCGGCCCUUGCCUUGAUCUGGCUGCGAAGGCCCUAGGUGAGGGCCUUCAUGGCCUCGCUAGUGGCCGGUGAGGCUGCAAUAGCCUUGCCCAUGGACUUUGCAGUCGAGGGUGAGGCAGCCCUUAUCCAGAUUGGUCGAGGAUUUUGCGGCUGGCAAGGUUUGUCGGUGAUUCUCGCUGGCUCUAAAGAAAAUAUUAAAAAAAAAAAAAUCGUCAAUGCCGGCAAAGCCACAUCGCACAAUUGGUGUCCACGUUUGAUUUUCUGGCGAGGCAAAUUGGAAUUGGCACUCAAGUAAUUGAUUUUUCAAAUUUGUAGUACUCAAUUGAGUAUUGUACAAAAGUUUUGGUGCUCCUACCGUUCUUAACCCAAGGUAUCGUCUACUGGUUUAGUUCCACGCGAGAUGUAAAAGGAAAUGUCAAGUUUAACGGCCUGAAACGAUUUUCCAGUUUACACAGGUUACAAAUGGGGUAAAUGUAAUUUAAAAAGAAAGGUCUCUCAAAUUUUAGGUCAUUUUAGUUUUACCGUUAAUGUAUGUUAUUAUUACCGUCGCUUAAGGAUAAUGUUUCUAUUACCAUAUUUACAAGAUAAUCCGUCUCCACUCUGUAUUCUGCCCAAACUUUAAAUGAAGUACGGUCUAUCCUGCUCUCAUGGCUUGGACUCAGCUUUUAAGUCCUAGCACAUAGCAAUCGAGCUAGUACAAGUGGCAGUUCAUAUGUUAUGUAUGUGGCGUGGCUUUUGUCACGACAUAUGGAACUUGGAACCAUAUGGCAUACCGCAUUUUGUAGAGGUUGAGCUUACGUCAUGUGUCAAAUGGACCUAUACAAUCACAUCAGUUCAUUGUUAGGAUUCCGUGCGAUAUAAAGUUGUUACUUGGAUUUGCAAAGAAUAGCAGUAACAACAACAUAUGUUACAAUUGAUGGAUUGUUGAUCCAUUCUGACCUGAAACUUCUA